UCCCAUGCGGCCAACAGUUUGGAGACGUGCAGGAAAUCUUGUUGAAUCUUACCGUUUUGCUGUCCUUGCCUCUGAACCUCUCUCUCUCCCUCCCUCUCUCUCUCUGUCUGUCUCUCUCUCCCCCUCUCUUAGCAAAGAGGGGAGGGGAAAAAAUGUCAAGAAGCUGCACUCCUCUCAACCACAGAUGAUUUGUUCCUUUUUGUGCAAGAGAGAGACAAGGUGAGUGAGGGAGCUGACUUUCCAGGAGCUGCUCUCAGCCCUCGCUGAGUUUUGAAGCGGUUGCGGCCACACCAGGAGCCUCCUCGCCGGAGCAGUGGCGCGAGAGCCCUCAGCGGCCAGCCGAGCGAGGUGAGAGUAGGCCAGCGGGGUUCGGCGAGUGGCAGCCGGGGGGAAGAACCCUCCAGAGCGAUGGAUGCGGUGGUGUGCGCCCUGGAGCUCCUGGGAAUGUUUGUCUCCAUCGUGGCCUGGCUCUGCUCCCUCUCCACCACCAUCAUGACCCAAUGGCUGACGCUCUCCACCGACCUGCUGCCCACCGAGAGCUUCGACCUGGGCCUGUGGGAGACCUGCGUGGUGCAGGACCUGGGUGGGAUGGAGUGUCGGCCCUACGACAGCCUCCUGGGCCUGCCCCCGGACAUCAAGCUGGCCCGCAUCCUCAUGUGCUCCGCCCUGGUUGUGGGCAUCCUUGGGCUACUGCUGCCUAUCCCUGGGCUCCACCUGGUCAACAGCUGCAAGGGCCCGGAGGGCCGCAGGGCCAAGAGGGUGAUGAAGAUGCUGGGGGGGUUCUUCUGCCUGGCGGCCGGUGUAUUAGGUCUGGUGCCGGUGUCCUACAUGGCCCACCUGACAGUGCUGCGCUUCUUCGAUGAGUCCGUGCCGGACGUGGUGCCCCGCUGGGAGUUCGGGGAUGCCCUGUUCUGCGGCUGGGCUGCGGGGUUCUUGCACUUGGUGGCGGGAGUCUUGCUGGUAAGCUCCUGCCUUUGCUCCUUGGAGGAACGGCACCCCCCGGCCAGGCAGAGGCAAGAGGUCCGAACCCUGGAACAUUCACCCAGGAAGAGGUCAGAAUAUGUGUGAGCCGCCAAAGGGCCUCGGCCCCUCUCCCCGGAGAGAAGAGACAGACCCUUUUGUUUCCUUUACCCUCAUUAUCUCUGUCCUUCUCUCCCCCUGCGCUUUCUCAUUCUUUCUCCCCGUCGGUUGAAAAUAGGGGGAAAACUGCUCUUUUGCUUAAAACCUUUUGUUAUCCUUGUUGAUAUGUUACUAGAACAAUUAAUGAGUGAUACAAAUGUUUUUUCUUUGCAUGACAGCUGAACAAUAAAUGACAUUUUAUGAAAACACAUUUUAAAAUACAAUAGUUAAAAUCUCUGCUGCUACUUCCUCUGAAAUAAAUAUAUUUUUGUUACCUCAAUCAUCCUGGUAACUGCUUUCACCAUCUUGGCAAUUCAGUACUUUUGUACUGUAAUACUCCUGAUUCCUUUCAGAAUGAGAUGUUUUGACAGUGUUGUGUAUUAAGACAAAUGGAAAUGUAUAAAUAUGAUGUAAGAAUAUUGUGAUAAAUAUUUCUGUAUUCUCAAUCUUGAUUUUGAGACUGCAGCCUUUUUUCUCUUUGUAUACAUGCUACCCAUAAGCAAUGGUGCACUAGAGCGCUUGACAGUUUUGAGGACUGUACUGUAGACUGGCAAAGCUUUGACUUUCCUGACAUUGUUCUUUGAAGAUGCCUUGAAAUUGCACCGCUGACAUAAGACACACAUGACUGAGAUGUAAUGAUUGUAAUAUUUUAACAUAAUCUAAAAAAUGUAUUUACCAUUUAUCCAAACACAUGUCUCACACACACUUUUUGAGACUGUGUGCUGAUGUAGAGUACUGCAAUGGUAGAAUUAAAUCAGUCACAUAAUCACAGUUGGAACAGAUUGUAAAUUAAUUAUGUUGCCAUUUUAUUGUGAAAAGGGCAAAUAUAAAAAGAAAAAUUAAGAAAAA